AUGGCUGAGCCCCCAGGCGCCGCCGCUCCCGCGGACCCCCUGCGGCGCGGACCCCCUCCGGCUCGGACCCCCUGCAGCUCCGAACCCCUGCGGUUCGGACCCCUGCAGCGCGGACCCCCCUCCGGCUCGGACCCCCUGCAGCUCCGAACCCCCUGCGGUUCGGACCCCCCCUGCGGCUCAGGGCCCGCGCAGGGCGCCGGAGAGCGCAAUAAAUCCACGCUGCGCUCGGGAGUUGCACAAGCCCGCGGCUCGGCCCCAGCACACGUCUGCGCCGCCGGCCGGCCCGUGGUCCGUGCCAGCCCCGCCCUGCGCCCGGGCGGUGGCUCCGAUCUCCGCCCCCGUCGGCGGCGCCCACCGCGCGGCCCCCGCGCCCCCACCAGAGGCAGCUCCCGGGACCCGACCGUCCCGCACGGGCCUGCGAAGCGCCGAACCACCGAAGCCUCCCGCCUUCCCGCCCCGAGGCGACGCCGCCGCGCGUCCCCACCCCUGCGCUCCCGGCGCGCCAAGGUGCCCUUGCGAGGACGCGGCCCCACACGCGGGGGCACCGUCUCGGCGGCACCGCGGCGGCUGCGCCAGAAGCGACCGCCAACCAAUCCCCCGCCGCCUCCGGCCAUUUUACGGCAUCAGGCCCCGCCCCCGAGCCGCGGAGGGGCGGAGCGACGGUGUGCGGCGCAAGCCAGCCAAUCCGCGCCGCCGCCUCCCGCCCUGCGUCCUCCCAUAGGCCGAGAGCCGGGCGGCGCGGCGCGGCCGUAA